CAAUUUCUACCUUUCCUUUGUAAAAAGGAAAAUGAGGAGUUGGAGCCCAAGUGAAAACCAGGCUUAUCCAAGUCAAAACAAAAAAUUAGCCCCAUAACAAGAAGUUGCAUGGUAGACAGAGAGACAGGUGCCUCACCUUAUCCAAAUCCUUUUAUUUUUUUCAAACAGGAAAAGGGCAUAUGCCCCUUCCCUUCCAUGGAUCCCUUUCAUUUCUCCUCCACCCACUGCCAAAAAUAUCACUAAACCAAGUCUGACGCCAAAACCCUAAAUCAGUAAAAAUAGAAAGAGAAAUCCUCCAUUGAAAUGGCAUCUGCAACAGCAAGACUCAUUUUUCCUCUUCACCACUUAACCCAAUCUUGUCCCAAGCCCAAAAAACCUAAUCUCUUUCCCUUCCAUAAACUCCUCUCCAGAAUUCCUCCCAACAUCCUCCAAACCCAUAGAAACCAACCCCAUUUCACCGUUCGUUCCAUUGAUGUCUCAAAAGAAGACAGUCAAGAAACCCCAACUUCUGACCCAGAUAACAAACAAUCUCCAUCAGUGGAAGAAACAAGUGGGGGAGAAGAGACGAUUGACAAACGCAGGUUAGAAGAGAAGUUUGCAGUGUUGAACACAGGGAUAUAUGAGUGCAGGUCAUGUGGGUUCAAGUAUGAUGAAGCAGUGGGUGAUCCUUCCUAUCCAAUUCCACCAGGGUUUCAGUUUGAUAAGUUGCCUGAUGAUUGGAGAUGCCCUACCUGUGGGGCUGCAAAGUCUUUCUUUGAGAGUAAGAGUGUUGAGAUUGCUGGGUUUGCUCAGAAUCAGCAGUUUGGUUUAGGAGGCAAUGCUCUUACUUCUGGUCAAAAAGCCCUCUUAAUUUAUGGCAGUUUGUUCUUCUUCUUUGUGCUCUUCUUGAGUGGCUACUUUUUGCAAUAGGUAGGUAGGGUGCAUAAUAUAAAUUUCUGUAAUUGUUCUUUGCCUUAAAGGUAUAUUUUUGUGCAAAUAGGAAAAUCCAUCAACCCCCCCCCCCACCCCCCAAAAAAAAUCGAACCUUCUUUGAGUUUUGUGUUUCA